AUGAUUGUCAUUUAUCAAAUUGUGCAAGCCUUGGCCGGACCCAAGUCCGUGGCCGCUGAGAAGCACGCAGAUGGCUUCCGUCACUACGACGACGUUGCCCAGAACCAGAGCAUCAUAUUAGCCCGAACAGGUCACGAAAAUGGACUUAACGCACCUAUUAGCUUCGGGUCUUUGAAGGAUAAAGCCUUACCUCUCGCAAGAAGUGAAGACAUGGGAACCAUUGAUGUUAUUCGAAUCCCUUUGCACGUUGGCGUCCAUUUUGUGGCUAACCUUCUAUUACGUGAAGAAGCCGCAUUUCCGGAAUCCGUUGUGGCAGCACCUCAUAUAUCGAGGGAAGCAGACCAUCCGUUUAUGAAGUGGGAGAGAGAGGCGCAGGAUUAUGGAGAAGAACGAUUGGCGCAUGCACAGGCACAAGACAAGAUCGAACCAUUUACAACAGUAGCAGCUGUGAAGAAGGCCGUGCUGCACCACAGGGUUGACAUAUAUCCCCUAGAAAACUAUGCUCCGUAUCCUUUUAAGCUUGGUUGGAUCUGA